AUGAAGCUGAAGUAUCUUUCAUCCUCUGUCAUCAGCACCUUCAUGAACAUCGAUAAAACCCUCUUCAAAAAUCAGGAACAGAUCCCUGAUCAGAAAAUCGUGACCACGCCAUACGGAGGACGUCUGGUGGUCACCAUGCCCCAUGGAAACAGUAUCAUGGUUCACUUCAAGGACAAAGAACUCAUCCGCCACAAGAAAAGAUGGUCUCAGGUAAUGUACUUGUACUAUCUGCUGGGCUGGAAAGUUUCAACCAAGUAUUUUGAAAGGUGGGGGAAAGGAGGCAGCGAGGGCAUGGGUGAGCGGAAUAAAGAUGCAUACAUUACAAUAUAA